CAGAGGAAACAUGUUUCAUUGCAAUGACAGUUGAACUGCCCACUGUAGUGAAUACAACCUUAGAUAUGUGAAAGUGACAAGUGUGUAAACAUUUAAAAUAGAUAAACAUGUAUUCAACUCUUGCUCCAUUUCUAAUGAUUUUUACUGAAUUAAUCCUUGCUCAAGAUAAUAAACAAAAUGAGGAUUUGUCGAGUUCUGAAGAGGAUUUUCUGAAUACUCCUAAAUUCAGUCUCCGCUCUUCAGAUUUUGCAGAGAUCGCAACGACUGCAUCAUUUGUUGACAAGUCAAUGUUUAUCAAAACUUUCGUGGAAGAUAAAGAAGUAGUUGUCAUUACUGCUCCAAAUCAUUUUGGAAAAUCAACAAAUGUAAACAUGCUUAAAAGAUUUUUGGAGAUUGAGGUAGAUGAUGAGGGUAACAGGAAGACAAAAGUUUUCAACUUUCAUCUUCCAAUCCGGGAUACUGAUAACUACAGACUGUUUGUUGAGAACAGACUCAAAAUUGCGGAGAACCAAACCUUCAUGGAUCAGUAUUUUGGCAAGCAUCCUGUAAUACAUGUAGACAUGGAGUAUGACAAUAUCCAUGUAAUGAGUUAUGAUGUUGCUGUGGAACAGAUGAAGUACAUUGUACAUCGCAGCUACGUCGACCACGCGUAUCUCAGAAAGAGUGACAGGUUGAACUCAAAUGAAAAAGCGACAGUCAAAAACUGGUGCAGCACAAGCGGCUAUUCAAAAAUGCUUGAGACAGACUUAUAUGAUAGCUUGAGAUCCUUGUCAAGAUUCUUGUAUCGCCAUUAUGACAACCGUAAGGUUUAUGUCCUCAUCGAAAAUUUUGACUCUCCAGCAAUCAAUGCUAUUCUGUUCGCUCUAACGGAAGACAUCAUGGGAGGAAUUUAUCGUCUCGUGUCAUCCAUUAUUCUCAAGACUUUGCAGAAGAACUCUCAUACAUCUCGAGGCCUCAUCUCAGGUAUGUCCUACAUAGCAGGGUCGCCAGCAUUGUACAGUCUCGGCUAUGUACACGUGUGUCGCUUCUUAGAGGACCACUCCUACACUGGCUUCCAUGGACUGACACUAGCAGAAGUUGAACAACUGUUUUCAUCAGAUAGGCUCAACCUGACUACUGACAUGGUCCAUCGUGUAGAGACCUCGUACGGAGGCUACAAGACCACCUGUGGUAACCUCACCAUGUACAACCCAUGGUCCUUGACUCAUAUGUUGGUAUACAAGACGGUGCGAGACUAUUGGGAAGGACCUGGAAUCCCCAUCAAUUUAGUAAACCUUUUACGAGUCCCAGCCCUGAGAAAUGAGAUCACCUUACUCACUGAAGGCCGUGAAAGAAAGGUCAAAUUAAAAAAGAUAUAUGCUCCAGACGAUGUGAUACGGCUGCGGGAUUUGAUCCAUAAGCCUGAGUUGCAUCGUGAGCUACAUUACGCAGACACAGUGCUGAGCUUGCUGGUCGAGCUCGGCUAUCUGUCGUAUGUGCCUACAGGUCAGAGUUUUACUGGGCGUCACCUGGUGCGAGUGCCUAACAAGGAGAUGAGACGCCAACUGCUAACUACCAUCAAUAAAUACAAGAAUUACUACAGUGCUGUUGAUCUGGAAGAUGAACCGGGCAAGAAACAUUUCCGUUACCAUACUUGAACUAGUAAACAUGGGUUUCUCCUUUUAUCUCCCACUUGUUUGACUAAUUAUUACAUUGUUGAUACAAUAAAUUAAGGUUAUGGGAUGCUAUGGUGAUAUUUUUACGCAAAAAAUGA